AUGAGCUGCGGCUUCUUUUGCGACCCAUCCUGUUUCCCCCCUUUGAUCAAAGCCUUGACAUGGACCCAGGGGUUAUCGGCAGUCUUCCCAUCCCUACUCACCGUUCAGACUUCGAUCGAGGUGGGUCUCACCUACUCGAUGCUCAUGUGCUUGUCCGUGAUCUUCACGAUCAAGAAUCCGGAGCCAGAUGUGAAUUCGUGGCGGCACUUGCUACAGAAGAGCUACCUCACGAGCCCCCAGCUCGUUACGGGUAUCUCCUCGUUCAUCGUCCGUUUCGUCGUCUUGCACAUGCUCGGAUCGUCGACGCUGGAAGUCGCGCUGCAGCUUGUUUUUUCUUUCAUUGGGCUUAUUCUGGUGAUCAUGUGCGGUGCGAACGCCAUGCACGGCGCAUUCACAAAUGCGACGACCCUGGAGAUUCAGUUCCCAAUGAAGGAGUAUGUGGAAAUCAAGCCUCAGGUGUACUGCCCCCUGGGGCCUGGCUUCUACAAGCUGGCGUGGCGGGACAACCUGCAGGACCUGCUCGGCUCCAGGUGGCAGCUGCGCCUUGUGCUGCCCACCAAGGGCGGCCGCCUAGGCUUGACGCCGGCCAUCCGGCCGAGGGCCAGCGCCAGAGGCGUGGAGGCGCUGCUCGGGCGCAUCCGAGAGUGCGAUACUCAGCCCGUGCAGCGUCAGGUUGCCUCCUGCACGGAGCUGGGCCUCAAUCCAGGCCCACGGGCGGAGACUGAGGGCGCCGUCUGA